AUGAAGAAUUAUGAACUUGCUAGUUUCUGCAUAUACCAAGUGGCAGAAAUGGAAGAAGGACCCCUUGAGUGUUCUCUUGUUCAAGAAGCACUUGUUCACUCAUUUUGCCAGAAUCAUAAGAAAGCUGUUGAGUGUGCCCUUGCAGUUACCAAAAAGCAACCUGAAUCUUCUUCCAUGUUUGUUCUGCUUGGAAAAAUCCAAAUGAAAGCCAAAAAGCACAAGGAUGCUGUGGCCAGCUUCAAGCAAGCCUUGAAACUGCUGACUAGUACUAUGAGAGCGCCACCUAGUACAUUUGAGACUGCAGAAAUAUAUUUCUUUAUGGGUCAAUGCUAUAUGGAGCAAAUCUGUUUAUUAGAGGCCUGUGAUGCUUUUACUUCUGCAGUCAGGCUAUGUCCACGUUAUGCGGAUGCAUAUUACCAGCGUGGGCUGUGCAGAAUGCAACUCCAACAAGCUAAAUGUAUAUUAGAUUUUAACAAAACCCUUGCUGUUUCACCAGCACAUUUUCAGGCAUAUUUAAGUCGUGCUGCUUACUUUGGGAGCAAAGGAAGAUACUCUAAAGCAAUAAUGAAUUGUACUGAAGCACUCAAAAUUGAGCCUAAGAGUGUGAGAGCCUAUCUUUACAGAGGAGCACUGAAAUUUUAUAAUAGGACUUAUAAACAGGCUGUUGAAGAUUUAACUACAGCUAUAGACCUGGACAAUGCAUGUGUUUUGGCAUAUUACAAUAGGGCAAUUUCCUUCCACAAACUAAAGGACUGGAAAAAUGCAUUGAAAGAUUAUGGGAUUGUUCUCCUUCUAGAAACUAGCAAUGACACUUUCCUGAAAGUGUUGAUCAACCGUGCACUACUCUAUAUAGAAUUGGACCAGCAUGAUAAUGCACUAGAGGACUUUAAAGAGGUGGCACAGAGUAAACCAAAAGAUAGACAACUACUUCAAGUUAUUGGACUCUGUUAUCAUAGGCUUAAGAAGUAUGAAGAAGCCGUGCAUUCAUAUUCCAAGCUUCUUAAAUUAGAUCCCUUUUUUUUGGAUGGCUAUAUUGGACGAGCGAAUUCAUACAUGGAAUUUGGUCAUCAGGAAGCCACCAAACAAGCCCUGAAAGAUUUCUUGAAAGCAAUACAUCUUGAUCCAACAUGUAUAAAGGCCAGACUUUGCUUAGGAUACAAUUUGCAGGCUCUUGCAAAGUUUCAGAAAGCUUGGACCCAGUUUACAGUAGCCAUUCUGAUUGAUCCAAAAUGUCAUUUAGCUUAUGAUGGGAGAGCUAUAGUCUGUCUUCAGAUGGGUGAUAAUUUUGCUGCCUUUCAAGAUACAAAUGCUGCUCUGAAGAUAACUACCAAUGCAGAAUUGCUUACAAAUCGAGGUGUCAUUAACCAGUUUAUGGGAUUUUUAAAUUGUGCCAUGAAAGACUAUCAGCAGGCUAUUACCAUUGAUCCCAACUAUGCUUUGGCAUAUUUCAAUGCAGCAAAUAUCUACCUGUUAAACAGGCAAUUUUCUCAGGCAAAUAAGUAUUAUUCCCAGGCACUGAGACUUGAUCCAAAAAAUGAAUCUGCAUUCCUGAAUCGAGCUAUUACAAAUACACUGUUAAAAAAUUUUGAAGAUGCAAAAGAAGAUUUUGAGAAAGCAGUUUGCCUUUCUCCAUUCUCUGCAGCAAUAUAUUUUAACAAGGCAAACCUCUACAGCACAUUACAGCAAUAUGAGCAAGCUGAGGAGGACAUUUCAAAAGCCCUGUCAAUUCAACCUUAUGAUGCCCUGAUGUAUAAGCUAAGAGCUGAUAUUCGUGGCAAACUGGGCUUAAUUAAAGAAGCUAUUGCUGAUUACAAGAAAGCCAUCAGUCUCCAAGAACUUAUUAGCACUGGAUAA